UGUGUUUUUGUUUGUGUGCAUGUAACUCCGCCUGUGUGGAAUCACAUAGCCGGUCCCAAGCCCGGACAAAGGAGGAGGGUUGCAAUUGGAAGUGCACUUAUUAUUGUUGUUGGGUUUAGUGGUGCUUCUUUAUAUUUGUGGGUUUACUGUGGGUGUUGGAUAUUUUCCUGUCGUAGAAGGCGCAGGACAUUCCAGCUUGGCAGAAGAAGUUUUGUCAAGCUGUCUGUUCUUUUAAAUUUACUGUUGUUUUUCUGAUGGUAAUGAAGCGUGUAAAAGGUAUGCUUUUUUAGUCUUGGCCUUGAUAUUUGGUCAAAGGAAGGAAGCUAAAACUGCGGGGCAAGUUGAAAGAAAGUCGGACGCAGCGGUGGAGGGCACAGAAUGUAACUGUUGAAAUUGUGGUGUUUGUAUUUGAAGUUCGGUUAAUUAUUUGGUUUAGUUAUUGUAUUUUUUGGUUAAUUUUGCUACUGUAUUUGUUUUUAAAGGUUGAUAAUGUUAUCGUUUCAGAGAAGAAAAGAUGAUGUUAUUGUAUUAUGUGUUUUCCUAAUCUGGUUAAUUUUAACUACUGUUCCGAGUUUGUUUGGCAUUCCUUUAAACAAUGCCAUGCCAGGGGGAAAAAAAAAGAAGAAGAAAAAAAAGUCAAAUGGUGCUAGAUUUUGGUAGUAGGUUGCCAAAUGCUGAAUUUUUUUGGUUUAUAUCAAACGAUCAUGCAAUGGAUUUGGAAAGAACUCUUGAAAUUAUACAUCGUCAAUUUUACUGACAAUGAAUUUUAUUGUUGAUAUGGGUUUAAUGUUCAGUCUCUUCCUCAAAAACAUAUAUAAAGACAAAGUAAAAAGGAAAAACUAUACGUGUAUAAAGCCAACUGUACUGGGUUUAUCCAACACGAUAUGCAAAUUCAAUUCGAGUGAAUGCCAUUGGCUAUUCAUUAUGACAUUGAUGGAGUUGGUAAAAUCCUAUUCUUAACUGCAUGCUGGUUUAGGAACGGCUAAUGUAUUAGGUGGCUUAAACCAAAUACGAAAUAAUACUCUUUAAGAACCAAAAUCCGAAGACAAACAUAACAUAAUUCCGUACAUGAUGCGGUGCAGGAUCGUAUUCUGUGUUGCAGUUUUCUUAGCGAUUCUGUUAGUAAUUCUCCUAUCCUUCUUAUCUCCAUCUCCAAUACCUCAUAAAAGUUCAUCCAGGUCUUGGUUUGCUUUGUCACUUUACAUUCAACAACCUCAAAUUCCGAGCUCUAAUGUUCAUCCAGCCGCGCAAUCCAAUCCUGGGGCGUUUAUUUUCCAUCGGAUCCUUACAGAAGGACCUGAGAACACUUCACGGACCAUUGGAAAGGCUCAGGGCUUCAUAAUUCCUAUUCAACAUUUUGCAGAUUCCGCAUUUAAUAUUAUUCAUCUUACCUUCGAUACACCUCGUUACUCUGGUACGCUGAGCGCGCAGGCCAAACAUAUUGCACAUAAAGAUAGAGAAGAACUUGAAGUGGUUGGAGGAACUGGUUACUUCGCUUUUGCUCGCGGGCUUGCUGUUUUUACACAGACUGAUGGAUUGUUAACCUCUGAUGUAGAUGCUGCUUAUCAAAUAAAGCUUCAGCUUAGAUUUCCUGAUCGUUCUCAAACAAUUCCGGUAUAAAGCAGCGCUUUUAAUUGUUUGAUUUCAUUGUUGGAAAUAAUUUUAAAUUGUCAACUGAGAUUUUCCACUCCAGUUAUGUUGCAUGGUUGGAUGAUAGAAAUAUAGAGUUUGAUUGCUUGAAUUUUCAUGUACCAUUCGUCUCAUAAAAUAAAGAUGAGAAUUUGCAUAUAAACAAACAAAAACAAAAGGACAAUAGGUAAAGAUUUUGUACAACUUAGUAUUAAAAUGUACGUAGAACCUGACAAUAUACUUAAAAAAAAAAAAAAAAAAAAAAA